AUGGGCCUGGCCGUCACAGAGAAACUGCUCUCGAAAGGCUGGAAAGUCACCAUCUUCGACUUCAACGCAAAGACGGGCGCAGAGCUCGCCGGGAAGUUGGGCCCCAAUGUGCUCUUUGUCCAGGGCAAUGCGGCAAUCUACAGUGACCAGGCCAAAGGGUUCUUGAAGACCUGGGAAAAGUGGCAGAGAAUAGAUUUUGUCUUUGCGAAUGCGGGCGUUGGUGACCGCGUCGACUUAUUCGCUGAUGCGCCAGAGACCGAGAACGGCGCUCCUCCUCAGCCAGAUAUCCUUCCCAUCGAUGUCUGUCUGAACGGCGUCAUCUGGUCGGCGUACCUCGCAUUCCAUUAUUUCAAGAAGAACGCUGGCCGGAAAGGCAAGUUGGCCAUAACGGCCAGCUUUGCGGGUAUCUACGCUGGGCCAGAGGUGCCCUUGUAUGCGGCGGCCAAGCACGGAGACGUCGCACUCGCCCGCAGCUUGGGCAAGUUGAUGAAGAGCCGCGGCGAGAACAUCACCGUCAACUGCAUCUGCCCGACCGUCGUAGCCACCAACCUGAUCUCGGCUGAAUUCGUCCAGGCCAUCCCCCCCAACAUGAUCACGCCCAUAUCCACCAUCGUCCGCGCUAUCGAGAAGAUCAUUGAGGACGACUCGGUCAACGCCUGCGUCUUUGAGACCUGCGGCGAGGAUAUCAUCCCGAGGGAGGAACCAGUCCCAGCCAACAAGGUCGCUGCGUUUUACCUGGGCGCGGAUUUCUCGGAACUUAAUGCGAACGAGUUGGAGCUGAUCAAGGAGAGAGGAAAGGCCCUGGACGCCAUGGCAACUCGAUAA